GAUAAACCUCUCGACUCCGCUAAACCGCCAAACCUUCCCAUUUGUCAAAACACACAUUCACUCGCUGAAAGCUUUGCCACCCAGACAAAAAAUGGUGGCUCUGGAGCUCUUCCACUCCUCCGCUCUCUCUAAAACCCUUUCCCUCCUCUCCCCAUUGGCAUUUCCCAAAUCUCCCCUUCCUCCCUCCCUCUUCCCUCCAACUCUCCGCUCUCUCUCCCUCUCUCCCCUCGCCUUCUCUCUCCCAAAACGUUCUUUUCUUCCCCAUUGCCUUUCCCGCUCCCCUCACGCCAACCAACAGCAAGAAGAACAAGGAAAAGAGGAGCUAGAAGAAGAGGAACUCGAAGAAUUCGGCGAGGACGAGGAAGAAGGCGAUGAAUCCAAAGGCGAGGAUUUUUCGGAUGUCGACGUCGAUGCUCUCGAAGAAGAAGCGAGAUAUGCGUUUCUUCAAUACUCUAGCUCGUUGUCGAAUGAAUUGAGAAUCGAGGACGAGGCGGAUGAUCAAACCCGCAGGAAUAAAAAAGGGGGAUGGCGUGAAACUAGGACUACAAGUAUCCCCGACCAUCUUCUUCCGAGGGUUACAAUUGUUGGAAGGCCAAACGUUGGUAAAUCAGCAUUAUAUAAUCGUCUUGUCGGGGGGAACAGGGCAAUCGUGGUGGAUGAACCUGGAGUUACUAGGGAUCGAUUGUAUGGUAGGUCUUUCUGGGGGGAGCAUGAGUUUAUGGUAGUUGAUACCGGAGGUGUUAUCAAUAUUUCAAGGUCACAGACUGAUGUUAUGGAAGAUUUGGCUAUUACAACAACCAUUGGUAUGGAUGGGAUUCCACUGGCCUCCAGGGAAGCAGCUGUUUCCAGGAUGCCAACAAUGAUUGAGAAACAAGCUGCUUUAGCCGUGGAAGAAGCAUCUGUCAUAAUAUUUCUUGUUGAUGGACAGGCAGGUCUGACAGCAGCGGACGAGGAAAUUGCUGACUGGCUGCGGAAGAACUACUCAAAUAAGUUUGUCAUUCUUGCAGUUAACAAGUGUGAAUCUCCACGUAAGGGAAUGAUGCAAGCAUCAGAAUUUUGGUCCUUUGGGUUUUCCCCACUUCCAAUAUCUGCUCUUUCUGGGACGGGAACCGGAGAACUUCUUGAUCUUGUUUGUUCAGGACUUCAAAAAAUUGAGGGUCCAGAAAAUCUUGAGGUAGAAGAUUAUGUUCCUGCAAUUGCCAUUGUCGGCCGACCGAAUGUUGGUAAGAGUAGCAUUUUGAAUGCAUUGGUUGGAGAGGAUAGAACAAUUGUUAGCCCAAUCAGUGGUACUACUCGUGAUGCUAUUGAUACUGAAUUUACUGCACCAGAUGGCCAGAAGUUCCGGCUUAUUGAUACUGCUGGAAUCAGAAGAAGGGCUGCUGUAGCUUCUUCUGGCAGUAUGACAGAGACUUUAUCAGUGAAUCGAGCAUUUCGUGCAAUCCGUCGUUCUGAUGUUGUCGCUCUUGUCAUUGAAGCCGUGGCUUGUAUCACAGAACAGGAUUGCAAGAUUGCCGAAAGGAUAGAAAGAGAAGGGAAGGGGUGCCUGAUAGUAGUUAACAAAUGGGAUACAAUACCAAAUAAAAAUCAGCAGACUGCAACAUACUACGAGCAAGAUGUUAGAGAGAAGCUCCGUGUUCUUGAUUGGGCGCCUAUUGUUUAUUCAACUGCAAUAGCUGGUCAUAGUGUUGAAAAGAUCAUUGUCUCUGCUAGUACAGUUGAAAAGGAGAGGUCAAGAAGACUUGGUACUUCCAUACUAAAUCAAGUUGUACGGGAAGCUCUAGCUUUUAAAUCACCUCCAAGGACCCGAGGUGGCAAGAGAGGACGCGUUUAUUACUGUACUCAGGCUGCCAUAAGGCCACCCACAUUUGUUUUCUUUGUUAAUGAUGCAAAACUUUUCCCUGAGACUUACCGGCGCUAUAUGGAGAAGAAAUUGCGUUCAGACGCAGGGUUUUCUGGUACUCCAAUUCGGCUUCUUUGGCGCAGCAGAAGAAAAAUGGAAAAAGAUGAAGGCAGAGCUGCAACAAGGACACAAGCAAAUUUUGUUGCGCGUGACGGAAAUUUGGCAUUAGCUUCAUGACUAAACAAGAUUCUUCCCAUCCCACACAACCAAGCUUUUCCUCCCCCUCUCCCUGCUGUUGAGUAAAAAAAGGUUGUUUCCAAGGAAAAAUUCCAAUGGUUGAUUAUUGAAUGGUCGAGGAGAAUCCGGAAAGCUGCUUGUAAAUUCCCAUGCGUCUCUUGCUGAUUGGGAAUGGGAGUUAAUUAUAAUUCUGCUGCGAAAGCAGUAAAAUAAAAGGAGUGACAGUGCUUGCUCUUCUCCUGAUUAGUGAUGCUGGUCAUGUGAGCUUGUAUGUAAAUCAGAUAUUUAAAUCUAUAAGAAAGGAGUGGCUUACAUUAUACCAGGUACAUUUGAUAUGAAAUAGCCGAUUAUUCAUUAA